AUGGCUCCUAAAAAGAAAGCCAAGUCAGCGGAGCAGAAAGCACAGAAGCUGGCCAAGCAAUCGAAAAAGGCAGCCAAGGGCGAAAAAAAGAGCAAGGCCAAAGCAGCUGCGGCUAUUGAUGACGAUUCAGAUGCUGACGACGUUGAUCUGGACGCUGUACUCGCCGCAUAUGCAGAGGAGCAAGCCAAAUUCUUGAAGAUUACCGAGCAGUCUUGCGGCGCUCCGCCUCCUCGAUCGUCCAGUACGUUUGUAGCUUCGCCGUCCAACCGGAAUGAGCUGUUCAUCUUUGGGGGCGAGUACCAUGAUGGCAGUGUAGCAUCUUUCUACAACGACCUCUUCGUCUAUCAGAUCGAUAGGGGUGAGUGGCGUCAAAUAUCAUCGGGCAAUAGUCCUCUUCCUCGAAGUGGCCACGCAAGCUGUAGGGGUGGCAAUACCGGCGGCAUCUAUGUCUUUGGAGGAGAGUUCUCCUCUCCUAAACAAAACCAGUUCUAUCAUUAUCACGACUUCUGGCAUCUGGACACAGACACCCGAGAAUGGUCAAAGCUUGAGCCCAAGGGCAAAGGGAAAAAUCCGCCGGCUCGCAGUGGCCACCGGAUGACCCAUUUCAAGUAUUUUAUCAUUCUUUUCGGUGGGUUUCAGGACACCUCCCAGCAGACGAAAUAUCUGAAUGAUACAUGGAUCUACGACUGUAAGGAAAACAUCUGGCAUGAAGUGAAGUUACCUCCAGCCACCCAGAAACCGGACCCUCGGUCUUCGUUCAGUUUCCUUCCUCACGAGUCCGGUGCCGUGCUAUACGGAGGUUACUCAAGAGUCAAAGCGGUAAGCACGAAUACCAAGCAAGCGAAAGCCGGCUCGGCGGUUGUCAGAAAUAUACUCAAACCACUUGUGCACCAAGACACCUGGUUCCUUCGGAUCACUGCCCCUCCAGCCGAAGCAGCAAGCGGAACUCCACCGACGGUACGUUGGGAGCGAAGAAAGCGGCCGGCAAAUGCACCCAAUCCAGUGCGAGCAGGAUCUACCAUGGCUUUCCACAAAGGGCGCGGUGUUGCGUUCGGGGGUGUGCACGACGUCGAGGAAAGCGAGGAGGGAAUCGACAGCGAAUUUUUCAACGAACUCUUCAUCUGCAACAUUGACCGCAAUCGCUUCUUUCCACUUGCACUACGAAGACCCAAAACUGGUGGCGCCAAAAAGCAAGCGCAAGCGGCACGUGGUCGAGACCGGGGUAAAGCAGAUGAGGAGGAGCUUCUUCGUAAUCUGGCCGCUCUUCAGACGAAAGGAAGCAUUGCCGAUGCUGAUGAUAUGCAGCUUGAGAAACGCGAGCCGGAACCAGAAGCAAUAAACAAGAAGGAUGUCCCCGUGCGCUUUGAGAUGCCUCAUGUUCGCUUCAACUCGCAAUUGACCGUCCAAGACGACACUCUCUUCAUAUUUGGAGGGACAUUCGAGAAGAAGGACAUCGAAAUCACCUUCUGCGACCUGUACAGUAUCAAUCUCGACAAAUUAGACGGCGUGAGAGAACUCUACUACAACGAGCCUGCCAACUGGGGCGUGACAGCGCAAGACAGCGACGACGAAAUGGACGAUGACGACGAAGACGGUGAAGAAGAUGAAGAUUCCGAGAUGGAAGAAAACGACGACGAUGCCAUGUCCAUUGACACACCCUCUACUACACCAACGACACCAGAACCCGUCACCGAGACCGAACCCGAAACCAGCGCGCAGCAAGAUUCGCGGCCAUUCCCGCGUCCAUUCGAAGCUCUGCGGGACUUCUUCGCUCGGACGUCGGAGGAUUGGCAAAAGCUGGUCUUGGAGUCUAAAGGUGGAGCUUCAGGACAAUCGGGAAAGGAAAUCAGGAAGAAGGCGUUUGAACAGUCGGAAGAGAGAUGGUGGGAUUGCAGAGAGGAAAUUCGUGACCUUGAGGAUGAGCAGGAGGCUGCAGGUAUCAGUGAAGUUAUCAGCAUGGCAGAUAGAGGUACCGAAUCUGGCGGAGCAGGCCGACGACGCUGA